CCCCCUCCCAUAAUAUCUUACGUUUACGAUUUGCUAUUGUAAGUUGCCAAUCAAGGAGUGCUAGAACGCUGGAGUUUGCACUGUAUCCAGCGCAGACACCCAAAAAGGUGUGCCUUUUUGUACAUCUGACAAACUAUGUAAUUGUAAAAGAAAAUGAAUAUUUAAAGGACUGAGCCUAGAAAACACUCGCUGUUCGCUGCGGCUGAAAAUGGAGGAUCUAAAGCAUCAAGUUAUGAUAAAUCAAUUUGUCCUGACUGCAGGAUGCGCAGCUGACCAGGCAAAACAACUGUUGCAAGCGGCACAUUGGCAUUUUGAGACUGCACUUAGUGCCUUCUUUCAAGAAACCAAUAUUCCAUAUGGUCACCAUCAGCAAAUGAUGUGCACUCCAGCCAACACACCAUCAACACCCCCAAACUUCCCAGAUGCACUUACAAUGUUCUUUCAUCUGAAGGCUUCAGAAAGCUUCAAUAGCACUAGUCCCCUGGCCUCCAUGGCAACAUCUCCCCCUCCUCAGGUCAACUGGGGUCCGAGUCAACAGGGCAUGUGGACUGCUGCUCAGCUGCCUUCUCAGGUGCCUCCCCCUGGGUGGCCUGUAGCCGUCACUCAACAAGCCACCAGGCAACAGGCCAGUGUUACCAUGGAGGCAGAGAGAUGAGAGUGGGGUCUCAGGUUAACAAGAGACCGAAAAAGGCAGUCUACUUGACAUUGGUAGUAAUGGACUGCUAUGUCAAGCAAACUAUCAAAGUGAACAUGCACUGAAAAGUGCUUUUUGAAUCCACAAGCAACCAAUUUAUUUAAACGUAUCUUUUUCAAAUGUAUUUUUAUUAUAUCAUGAUAGACCUGUAUUUAGAAUUCCUCUUCAACAAACCGGUUUACGUAUGUCAUCAAUAUUACCAUACCUUUGUCUUUUUAUAUGUGUCUCAAAUCUGUCAACGGACUGGAUGCCUUUGCUUCUAAGGUUGCACUGCAUGAAUGACAUGGUUUAACCAAAUUAUGAAACCAAGAAUGAAUCUGUUAUUUCAUAUUUUAAGCUGUACUAUUGUGGUAUCAUUCUAAUUAAUACAGAAAAAUAUGUUUUACUAAAUCAUGAUUAAUAACCAUUAAUUCUUUUAUACAGCAGCUUCAGGUUUUUAGAAAUUUGUUUCACUUUGGUAGAAUGAACAGCAAUAUGUGUUUGAAUAUACAAACAGUACAAAGUGAGCAUCUGUUUACUCAUUCUUUCCUUUUCCUUCUAUUGGCAAGGAUUGCCCAAAAAGGCUUUAAUUCAUUGUAUUUUCUCAAUUUAAAUAAAUAUUCUACAUCUUA